ACUACUGUCUACUUUAUAGAAUUUGUAACGAAGACCAAAAACCAGGUAGGUUGGUCCAAGUUAAAAGAAAACAAUGAGCUUGCCUCGACUCGAAUCUGAUUAACCACGUCAUGCCGUGUCUCAAAAAUGUUCCAUUUUGGUUGAAUACCCAGGUCUGUUUGAACUCCUGCAACAUUUCUGAAGUUGAGUAAAAAUGGCGACUGGCGGUACAGCCGAGGUUCUGGGGAAGAUCAGCCAGGAUCAUCUCCAAUGCGCCAUCUGCUUGAGCCGUUACAAUGAGCCCAAAUUACUGGACUGUAUACACAGUUUCUGCUUGAAUUGCCUCCAACAUCACAGAGAAAGUGAAGGUCCGAAUGCAAUGAAAAUCAUGUGUCCUCUGUGUAGACAGGAAACCACACUGUCAAGAAAUAGUGUUGAAGAUUUGCCUACCAAUCUCUCCCUGAGUGCCUUAGUGGAGGAGUUUUCAAUACAGGAACAGCUUCUAGAAGGUCAAGAGUCACAGAUCCAAUGUCAAAGCUGUGAUGACGAAAAUUGGGCAAUUUCAUUUUGCAUGGAAUGUGCUCAUUUUAUGUGUCAAGACUGCCACAAAGCACACGCUCGCCUGGCAGUAACAAAAUCUCACAAAACCUUCACGAUGGCUCAACUUCAAAAGAGAAAGAUAAGCUACAAGAGUAAACUAAGAGAAGAACCAAAAUGCGGCAAACAUGCCAAUCAGAAUCUCAACAUUUUCUGCAACACAUGUCAGCAGACGAUGUGCAUUACGUGCUCCAUUCUGAAACAUCAAAAGCACUCUUUUGCUGACCUAUCAGAGGCCUUCAACAAAUGCAAACAAGAAAUUGCAAAGCUGCUGACAAAGGCCGAAAAGAAGAAAACUGCACUGAGCAAUGCCAAAAAGAUGACAGUCAAAUCUCGCAAGAAACUGGAAUUCAUGUUUGAAACCACCAACAAGAAGAUCUCCCAAAAGGCUGACAAGGAGGUUGCUAGGAUCAGGGCUUGGGAGCAGAAAAUAAAAAAAGAAGCGAAGGAGAUCUACGAAGACAGAGUCAAGACAUUUGAGACAACAGAAAACACCAACAACGAAGAGCUGAAAGUAGCAGAGCAGACACUGGAUGAGGUCAACAAAAUCAUGACAGAAGAAAUUCAGACUCAGAUUUUGGAUCUCAAACGAAAACUCUUGCACAACCUCAAGGAGUUGAUGGAGAAACAACCAGAAAAUGUGCCUUAUCAAUUCCACUUCAUUGACUUCCACGAAGGUGAUGAGAAGUCGCUAGGAAGGCUGGUUCUGAAAUAUGACUGGAGACUCGAGACGGAGGUAAAGCAAGACAUGGCAAAAGACAUAAUUUCUGUCGCAGUUUUCUCCAAUAAUGAAAUUGUCACAGUAGACAACAGACACAAGGAACUUGUGACACACUCGCCGACAAGCAACCCCCAAUCCCCCUUCAUCUCCCAGAAGCUACGGAUGCCAGACCUGAGAGAUCCACACCAAGUUGCAGUCAACCGAUUGGACCAGCUCAUCGUACUUGACGGUCCUGUCGUCAAGACCUUCAGCAGAGAAUACGAGCUUCUCCAUCAGUUCCAGCCAGGAAGAGGGUCAGACAGCAAACCAACCUGCCUGGCAGUGGAUGACAACAAUCUGAUAGCAGUGGGCUACCAGGCAAAGCAAGAGAUCAGCUUACACAAACCAGACGGAACGCUCCUCAAGAAACUACCGGCACCGAUGAUCGCGUUCCAACUGACCAUCAGCAACAAGCGGUUCAUCUACAUCAAUGGCCUGAAAGAGAAAAUGGUGGCACUACACUACACCGGCGGGCAACUAUUUGAAGUGGACACGACCAGUCCAAAGAGUAUCUGCUGCGACAAUCAACACGGCAACAUCUACGUUGCGGAAGGCGAAUUUUCCUUGCCAAAUACAACAGAUAUUCACGUCUUCAGUUCCAAUGGUAAAUCCAUCGGGUGUAUCAUCAAGCAAAGUACUCACGCACAAGACAUGACCUUUACACCUGCAGGUGAUCUGGUGUUAGGUGGAUGGGGCCCCUUACAAAUCUAUCGACGUGUUUGAAAACUGAAGAAUGAAACAA